CCCUCGCGCAUCCAGCAACUACGGGCAACCGCUCGAGUUUAGUCCAGCUGCCCUUGAAUGUACAGAAGACGUGGGAUGUUCGCAUAAACGGUCUUAUCAGAGAGUUCUACUUCGCCUCUGUGCUUUCUCAUGAACACCAACCGGCUUACGGAGAUUUUGGUUUUAUUUUUGCAAAGUGGUACUCUGUGCAGGGAAGCCAAUUACACGGAUGUGACUGCGACUUUCGCUUAGGAAUACUCUGGAUUGCUAAUAGGUGUAAUCAAACUUAUGGCGUGAAGGCUCCCCCUCUGCCAUCUUUCGGAGCGCUCAUGGAUGUCAUCAUCGAGUACAGCUACAACGAGAGCACAGCCCAGAAUGGAACCCCAGGCCUCAACGGGACGGAGGGCGCGCUGCGUCAGGAGUACAACUACUACGCCCUGCUGCUCACCCUCCUCAUCUUCGUCAUCAUCUUCGGCAACGUGCUCGUGUGCAUGGCCGUCUCGCGCGAGAAGGCGCUGCAGACCACCACCAACUACCUGAUCGUCAGCCUCGCUGUCGCCGACCUGCUGGUGGCCACCCUCGUCAUGCCCUGGGUCGUCUACCUGGAGGUGGUGGGCGAGUGGCGCUUCAGUAAGAUCCACUGUGACAUCUUUGUGACUCUGGACGUCAUGAUGUGCACGGCCAGCAUCCUCAAUCUCUGCGCCAUCAGCAUUGACAGGUACACAGCCGUGGCGUUGCCCAUGCUAUAUAACACACGAUACAGCUCCAGGAGGCGGGUCACCAUCAUGAUCUCAGUGGUCUGGGUCCUCUCCUUCGCCAUCUCCUGCCCCCUACUGUUUGGGCUGAAUAGCACAGCCACCCGGGAGGAGACCCUGUGUGUGCUUGCCAACCCGGCGUUCGUGGUGUACUCCUCCAUCGUGUCCUUCUAUGUUCCCUUCAUCAUCACGCUGCUGGUGUACGUGCAGAUAUACGUCGUGCUGCGCAAGCGCCGGAAACGGGUCAACACCAAACGAGCUUGCCACGCCCCAGAGACCACACUCAAGAAGUGCACCCACCCAGAAGACGUGAAGCUCUGCACAGUCAUCGUCAAACCCACCGGAAGCUUCCCUGUCAACAACACAAAUGUGAUCCUGAUCAAAGAGGUGGUGCGUCAGAAGGACAGUGAGCUGGAGGUGGGGUCCGUGCAGCACAGCGCCGCCCCUAAAGGCAAGGGGCCGGACGGGGAGAACCCCGAGGCCAGCGGCUCCUCUUCCCCGGCCGAGGGCUCCCUGAAGGCCGAGCGGAACGGGAACACGGUGGAACCCCACGGCGGGGCGCCCAGGGGGGCGUUUGAGACGCGGGCCUUUGAGACGCGGGCACUGGCCAACGGCAAGACCCAGACACUGCUCAAGACCUCCAGCAAGAGGAAGAUCUCCCAGCAGAAAGAGAAGAAGGCCACACAGAUGCUGGCCAUUGUCUUAGCCGUGUUUAUCAUCUGCUGGCUGCCGUUCUUCCUCACACACGUCCUGAACAUCUACUGCGAGGUCCCUGUGGAGCUGUACACCGCCUUCACGUGGCUGGGCUACGUCAACAGCGCCAUCAACCCCAUCAUCUACACCACCUUCAACGUGGAGUUCAGGAAAGCCUUCAUCAAGAUCCUGCACUGCUGAGAAGCGCUGUGUUUGUGUGUGUGUGUGUGUGUGUGUGUGUGUGUGUGUGUGUGUGUGUGUGUGUGUGUGUGUGUGUUGUGUGUGUGGAGUUCAGGAAAACCUUCAUCAAGAUCCUGCACUGCUGAGACACGUUCGAUUGCUUCACAGCCAAAAAGGCUCUGCGUCUGUGUGUGUGUGGAAAGGUAUGUGUGGCUAUGUUUGUGCUUUGUGUGUGUGUGUGUUAGUGUGACUGUAAGGGUGUGUGUGUGUGUAAGUGCUUGUGUGUAAAUUUGCAUACCCCAUCGACUCUGUUUACCUUGAAGUGGAUUUGAAGACUAACGAGGGAUUAUGCUAAUUGCUGAGCUGGAUGGUGGACGGACUUCAAGUGAAUGUAAAUAAACUGAUGUCUGUAUUAUAGAAGUCACAAAUGCUUUUCUGAAUUAUUGAAGAAUUGUCCCACAUUCAUUGCUAGAUGAAAACGCAGAAGCUACUGCCAUACAGUCUGGCAAAACACUCUGAGACUUUCAACUCGCUCAUACGACUGAGGCACAGACUGGGACUGAUGGAGAGGCACAGAGCGCAGAAAACAGAAACACGCCAGAAUGGUGGUGAAACAGAUCACCUCCAGAAACAUAAUGGACUGUGUGUGCGUUUGUGUGUGUGUGUGUGUGUGUGUGUGUGUGUG